UCUUGGCCAUUUGCAUCGCUGACUGGCUGCGGAUUACUCACCCAUACCUGCACCAUGCAGUGGACAAGGGAAAUGAGUAACCUGGUCCUGGCAGUGUAUGGCAUCACGCUGAUCACAGGCCUUCCUGCCAACCUGCUGGCCUUCUACACCUUUGUCCAAAAAGUAAAGCAGAACGCCAAGCCCAUUGAUGUGCUCUUGCUCAGCCUCAACAUCUCGGACCUGAUCUUCCUCUUCUUCCUCCCCUUACGGUUGAAAGAGGCAGCUGACAUGAAAUGGAACAUGAGCUACUUCCUUUGUUCAGUGUCGAUUUUCGUCUUCUUCACCACCAUCUACAACAGCACCUUUCUCUUGACGGCUAUUGGUGUGGAGCGCUACCUCGGAGUGGCCUUCCCCAUCAAGUACAAAAUCAAGCGGAAUCCUCGGCAUGCGGUGACGGCAAGCGUCAUGUUCUGGGUGAUUUCCAUAGUGCACUGCAGUGUUGUCUUCAUUGUUCAGUACUGUUCUCCCCCCAACACCACCAUUCAUAACGAAUUCAAGCAAAACUCCUGCUAUGGGGUCUUCAACGAAGAACAGAUGACCAUCCUCAUGCCCUUCCGUCUGGAGCUGUUCAUUGUAUUUUUCUGCAUCCCUUUGAUCAUCUGCUGCUUCUGCUACAUCAACUUCAUCCUCAUCCUCUCCCGACUGCCCCACGUCAAUCCCAAGAAGCGUUUCAGGGCGAUCGGGCUCGCUCUCGGCACUCUCCUCGUCUUCAUCGUCUGCUUCAUGCCCUUCAGCGUUUCCCACUUGGUGGGUUUCAUUGGUUGGUACAGUCCAAAUUGGAGAGUGUACGCAUUGCUGACCAGCACCUUUAACGCCUGUAUGGACCCCUUCAUCUUCUAUUUCUCCUCUUCAGCACUCCGGGAGACGUUCAAACACUGCUUACAGGGAAUAGUCACAAGGCUGUCCUGCUGUCCCAGAGCUCUGUGCUGCCCCCAGAAGAACCGCCCCAGUGCUAAGGAGAACACACAAAGCUCCAGUGGCAGCUUUCUCUAGAUUCAGCAUUAAUUUUGGAUUGCUCUUUUCCCUCAUUUCUUUGUGAAAAAAUAAAGAUAAAGAAUACCAGGAGACUGUUAACCAAGAGCAACCAGCAUGAAACCCCCAAACUAAAUUUUUUAUAUUAAAUUUAACUAAAUUGCCUUGAACAGUGACAAUUGGAUCAAAACUCCAGCUCCGAUGCUUACAGUGCUACAAAAAACUACAGCUCAUCAAAUUUUGUGAUCUGUCCUGUAGCUAUGUUCAUGUUUGAGAAGAGAUUUAUAGAAAGCUUUAAAGAUGUAAAGAAAAUUGUACAUAAUGUAAAGGUUCAAAUGUUCGGGCUCUUAGAACACAUUAUGUGGAAUUUCCUCAAAUUCUAACAAAGUUCUUUAUGUUCUUCACACAGUUUCGAGGUGUUGUGUGGUUUUGUAUGUGUUACUAUACACUCUGCAUCUGUUCAAUUCAUGCACAUUUAUUGUUUGUAUAUAUUUUUAUGUAACUUUUGCAGAGAAUCAAAAGCUUUAUGAACUAGAGGGCAGUUCAGGGCUGACACAGCAAAGGCCAAAAAGGGGUUUCUUUCUUUCUUUUAUCCUGACAUGGCGUAAGGUUAUCAGCCAACACAACAUUUGAGCAGUUGUUUCCAGCAGACAGCAUAAAUAGAUGUGGUCACAGUUUGUUCCAUCUUCUGCUGAAAUCAUUUGCUGACCUCCUGGAAAUAGAUGAACCUUAAAGCCCUCUCCAAUCACACGUGGGACCCUUCAGUUAUUAGUGCCCAGAAUCAGUCCAGACUGAAAAUGUCCUUGUUUUCUUGUGCCUUUGUUCAGCACUGCACUUUCUCUUUUAAGUCCUUAUUUUAGGUUCUAUUUUGUCUUUUAUUUUUAGCUCUAAGUUAAAAUGUCUUUUAUUAUUGAGUUUUAUUAUUUAUGAGCUAUGUUCUUUGCACCUUCUUUUAAUUAACUAUCUUUACAAAUGCCUUUCUAACGUGCUUGAUUUUGGGAUGUGAUAAACUCCCUUGUUUUUACUGCACUUAAUAGCACUAUUUAAUUUUUUUAAACCCUUAUUUUAUGUUGUGGGUUGUGUAAAGCACUUUGAAUUGCCACUGUGUAUAAAACUUGCUAUACAAAUAAACUUGCCUUGUCUUA